CUACCGCCGCCGCCGCCGCCGCCGAGGUGACUGAGGAGAGAGGCGCCUCCUCGCUCCCGCCGCCGCCGGACUUCAAUGCCCAGUCCCCAGCUCGCCAGCAGGUCUAGGCUAAACCAGAAAUUGUCACUAUUCUAGCACCUCUAAGAAAGAAGCUUCACAGCACUGCAGGCUCUGUCCACUUUCACAGUUACCCUGUGGAGUUACCAGAACCCAGGUUUUUCGUUGGGAUAUACGUUGCACAUUUAUGGCGAUUCUGAGCGUGAGGGCAGACUUCUGCCAGGCUCAGCACAGCGUUUUCGCUGACAAGUGAGCUUGGGGGUUCUAUGUGCCAUAAUUAACCUUGCCUUGAAGACUCUGGACACCAAGACUGGCCUCAGAAAUAGUUGGCUUUUUUUUUUUUUUUUUUUAAUUACAAGCAUAUUUCUUUUAAUGACUCCAGUAAAAUUAAGCAUCAAGUAAACAAAAGUGGAAAGCAACCUACACUUUUAACUUGUCUCACUAGUGCCUAAAUGUAGUAAAGGCUACUUAAGUUUUGUAUGUAGUUGGAUUUUUUUGGAGUCCGAAGGUAUCCAUCUGCAGACAUUGAGGCCCAAGUUGAAUUUGGAUUCAAGUGGAUUCUAAAUACUUCUGCUUACCUUGAAGAGAGAAGCUUCUUAAAGAAUAAACAAGUUGAAUAGAGCAAACACUGAUCGAUAGUAGGCAUUUUAGUGGUCUUUUUUAAUGUUUUCUGCUGUGAAACAUUUCAAGAUUUAUUGAUUUUUUUUUUUUUUUUGGUCAUUUCCCCCAUCACACCCAUACACGCACGCUCACACUUUUUAUUUGCCAUAAUGAACCGUCCAGCCCCUGUGGAGAUCUCCUAUGAGAACAUGCGUUUUCUGAUAACUCACAACCCUACCAAUGCUACCCUCAACAAAUUCACAGAGGAACUUAAGAAGUAUGGAGUGACAACUUUGGUUCGAGUUUGUGAUGCUACAUACGAUAAGGCUCCAGUUGAAAAAGAAGGAAUCCACGUUCUAGAUUGGCCGUUUGAUGAUGGAGCGCCACCCCCUAAUCAGAUAGUAGAUGAUUGGCUAAACCUGUUAAAAACCAAAUUUCGUGAAGAGCCAGGUUGCUGUGUUGCAGUGCAUUGUGUUGCAGGAUUGGGAAGGGCACCUGUGCUGGUUGCACUUGCUUUGAUUGAAUGUGGAAUGAAGUAUGAAGACGCAGUUCAGUUUAUAAGACAAAAAAGAAGGGGAGCAUUCAAUUCCAAACAGCUGCUUUACCUGGAGAAAUACCGACCUAAGAUGCGAUUGCGCGUCCGAGACACCAAUGGGCACUGCUGUGUUCAGUAGAAAGAAGUGUAAACAAAGGCUGACUUGAUUGUACAUUUAGAGGGAACUCUUGGUACCUGGAAAUGUGAAUCUGGAAUCUUAACUGUGUCACCAAAGUAGUGAUGGAUUCAAUACUCCUCAACCACUUUCUUAAUGAUUGGAAAAAAGCAAACAAAAAAGAAAUCCCUCUAUAACAUGAAUAAAAUGUUUAAGAAAAGAAAAAGAGAAAGAAAAAAGGGAUUAAUUCAGUGAAGGAUGAUUUUGCUCCUAAUUGUUGGAGUUUGAAUUUCUGCCAGGAUUGAAUUAUAUCAAAAUCUCCUGUCUUUUUUAACUUUUCAAAAUAGGUCUCUAAGGAAAACCAGCAGAACAUUAGCCUGUGCAGAACCAUCUGUUUGGGGAGCACACUUUUCCAUUAUGCUUGGCACAUAGGUCUCCCUAAUGUGGGAUUUCUCUUUCUUUCUUUCUUUCUUUUGUUUGGUGGUGGUGGGUGUAUAUUUUCCCACACUUCUCUUCUUUCCCCAUCCCUCUUUUUUCCCCUAAUACAUGUUAUAGAUGGAAUAGGAGAAGCCCUUGUUGCUGUAGAUGUGUGUGCAGUCUGGCAGCCUUAAGCCCACCUGGGCACUUUUAGAAAAAACAAAACAAAAAAAAACAAAAAAAGAAAAAAAGAAAGAAAAAACACCAAAAAAAAAAAAAAAAGCAGUGGCAUAUAUAUUAUAUGAUCCAGGUGGUUUGUAGUCUUUCCUGAUGAUGGGGUGUUCAUGUUAGUUUCUUUUCUUGAAAACCCUAUUCAACAUUAGGCAAAGUAGCCAAGAGCCUUUUGUUUUGGUUUUUAUUUUGGUAAAUUAGUGGGGAAAUAGCAUUUUAAGAAUAGUCUUUCUUCUCAAAGAACUUGGCUGAGAGUCGAAUUUUUCUCUUUUCCAACCAAUGAAGCUAAGUGGGUAUCCCAGAAACUUCUGUUUUCUGAAGGGGAGCACUCCAGGCCAUCACUAAAGAUGUGUCCAGGCAGAGAGUUAGCACACCUUCUACACUUUCUAGAAUUGUGGGUUUGUAGCAUUACUCUGAUUUUCUGUUAAUGAUCUCAGAGAAUGCUGGUAGUUUAAAAUUUUUAUUUAGGACUUACUUGUACUAUGAAUUUUCAGGAACAGUAAAAGGAAUAACAGCAAAGAUAGGAUAUUUUGGACUUGAGAAAUGCCUGGGAUGUGUACUUUCCAAACCACCCCCUAUAUGUACAGUUCAGUUUAACCACUGAUUGCCUUGUUAUUUUCUUACUAGGUUCUUUUUGGGAUUAAAAAACAAAAUGCUGGUUUAAAACCAGCAAUGCCUAGUGAGUGUGUGUCCACAGGCCAUACAGGGUAGAAGAGAGACAGAAAGCAACCCAAUGAGUAGUGAAGAGAUUGUUGCUAAUGAAAUGGUGUACUGUCAUUUUCACGGAUUCUUUGCCAGGUUCAAUGUGCUGAUCUAGAGAAGCUGUCUUCUCCUUUGCAGAAGGCAGUAGUGACCGGGCUGCAUUGACCAAGCAAGUUGAAGUUCACCAUCCAGGGCUCUUGCACUCGUCAUCUAAAUAUUACUUAGUAAUGCUCUGCUUCUAAGGAUUUGAAUAAAGGCUUAGGGUCAUCUUAUCUUGCUGGAAUUUGCUAUGCAGAGCCACAAACUUCCCGUUUUUUUUAGGAUCAGCUAGGCCAGUAGGAAUGGACUGGGACCUUGUCUCACACUGAUGAUACCUCAGAUGUUGGCUGGCUAUGUGAACUGCCUAUUUCCUAUGCCGGAGUUGUUUUGAUUUUUAACUAAAUGAAUAUCUGUAGAUUCUCUCCUCUCCCAUCCCAGAAAAUAAAACAAAAUAAUGCUUUUGAAACUUUUUAGAAUUUUAAAGUGAAAAAUGAUGGUACUCUCCAAAAUUCUUUGUUUUAGAACCUGACAAUAGAUUCCUUUACAUAGGUUCAAGAUCAAAAUAGCAUCCCUCUAAACUCAGACUGUCUAUUGACUUCAAGGGUUUUGAUCAAUACAGUAACAAACUUUUUCCCUUUAACAUGCUCUGAUUUUUGUUUGUGGGGAGUGUGUGUGUGUGUGUAUGUGUGUGUAUAUGUGUGUGCAGUGUCCAGCAGUAUCAGUGCCUGCCUGAGAUAGGAAAAUUACAUUCCUGGUUCUGUAUGAGAAGGGUGUAUAAAGCGACAAGAAACAUUAUCCCUCAUUUUGUUUUAAAUUACAUACUAAUGUUAAUUGUUCUCAGAACUGGAUUUUCUUCCUCAAAAUUAAAAGUUUUUUUUUCUUUUGGAUUUAAUGAAGUAUUGCUAGCUGAAGCCAGUUUGACAUGGUGAGAGAGAUGUCAGACUGAUGAAAGGUAUGCAGCCUGAUUUAAAACCAAACCCCGAACCCUUUUAAAGAACAAUAAAACUUAUUUUACAUGC